ACUAGUUGUAACUAGGACCCUAACAUCCACCUAAUCCAUAUUUCUAGUGGGCCCACAACACAUUUGAAAUUCAAUGAUCUAAAGAGACCAACACAGAAUUGAAUCAACACCACUUUAUACCUUCCUUCACAAAAAUGAUGUGUAAACAGCUUCACCAGCAAAAGAGAAACCAAAUCUUAUAUUCAUAGCGUGGAACUCAAUAUUUCCACAUAUUCCAAUCCUCUUCUUCCAUCUUCACAUCAUGCCAUCUUCAUCCUUCAACUUGUUCAUGCAAAACAAGAACCCGAAACCAAGAUCAUCAUCAUCAACAUCUCGUGCCGGCACCGACGAUUCCGACAUCAUAAAAGCAGCUGCAUGGGCAUGGUACCAACAUGGUUCUGGCUCUGAAGCUAAGAUUAUAAGAGAGUUUGAUGUUUUCAGGCCUCAUCGACCUCCUCGGCCGUCGCGGUACAAGCUAGAGGCCAUGAGAACUCAUCAUUCAAUCUCACAAUCACUAACGCCAAGUCCAAUCCACACCCCCAACAGAAAUUCUCUUCUAGAUAAGUUUGAAAUUGAGAGCAUCUCCAAGAGACUGGAUUCUCUUAUUGAGUCUAGUAAAUUUGAUGGUGGUGGUGCUUAUGUAAAGAAGAAGGAGAAAAAGAAGAAGAAGAAGCCAAUAGCUAAAGGGUUUUGGCCAAGGCAUGCGGUGAUGUGUGGUGCCAAGGAAGAUAUGGUGAAUACGGCAGCGUAUCAGCGUCCGGUGAGGUUUGUUCCGUUGGCUACCUCUAAGCCACGGGCCACCCAUGACCGGAAAAGUUAGCAGUUUUGGAGCCUACUUAUUUAAUAUUGUAGCUGUCAAAAAAAAAUGUAUUUAUGAGAAGAAGUGUGCACCAAUGAGUCCAUGAUCCAUUCAAUUAAAAAAAAAAUGUGUACAUAGAAUAUGUAUUUUU